AUGGACAGUUCACCAACAAAACCGCCAUCCAACCUCUUCCAGGUCUACUUGCGCCUGCGGCCAUCACCAGCCGGCUCAACCGCCUCAGACAAGUUCCUCUCUGUUGAGCGCGAGGACACGUCCGAACACCCAACGCACAUCAUCCUGAACCCGCCCAACGACCGCAAACGCUCCACCGAGAAGUUCGCCUUCACCCAGGUCUUCGAAGAAGAUGCAACCCAGCUCGAUGUCUUCCAGUGCACCGGCGUCGCGCCGUUGAUCGAGGGCGUCCUGGCGCCUCACGGCGGCGUAGGCACCGAUGCCCUGCUUGCGACCCUCGGCGUCACCGGCUCGGGCAAGUCGCACACCAUUCUGGGUUCGCGAUCCCAGCGCGGCCUGACGCAGCUGUCGCUCGACGUCAUCUUCAGGUCCAUCGGCUUCAACAUGCUCGACAAUGCCUCGUCGCCUGAUCUCGACUCGUCCCUGCAACUGUCCGACCCCUCUGAUGCCGUGAUCGUUUCGGCACCCACCUUCCUCGAGACCGUCUAUGCCGACUUUGCUGGUCCCUCGCGCGCCGGUUCGCGGGCGCCGACGCCCAUGCUUGUAGGCACCCCUCCUGAUUUCUUUGCCACCCCUCGUCCACCCACCGCACCUCGUCACUUCCCUUCCGGCCCUGGGCCGCAGACCGUUCGCGUCGUGCCCUUGACCCCGAACGCGAAAGGCCGGGUUUUGCCCACAUCCUCCUCAACACCCGUGCAUCUCCCACUCGGCCCCCAGAAACACCUUCCCUCUCAGAACACACUCAGCCCCCAGAAACACUACAUGACCUUGACCACAGCCUCCAAGACGAAGAAGAAUCUGACUAAAUCUCCAAUCAAGGGUGAAUACCCCGCGCAGCAGACCCCGCGAAGACAUCUCCAACGGCCAUCUGCCGUGCCGCAGAUCCCCGACGUCAGCUCCGUCAAUGUCUCCUCCGAUCCCAACGCCGAGUAUGCCGUCGUUCUCUCCAUGUACGAAGUGUACAACGACAAGAUUUACGACCUCCUGACCCCUCCCAUUCGAUCCAACGCCACCAAGGAAUACCGCCGCCGCCCGUUGCUCUUCAAGUCUACAGAGCAAAGCGCCGACAGGAAGGUUGUCGCCGGACUCAAGAAGAUUGUGUGCAAGAGCCUCCGCGAGGCCAUUCUUGUGCUCGAGGCCGGCCUGCACGAGCGACAGGUAGCUGGCACCGGCAGCAACAGCGUGUCGUCACGAAGCCACGGCUUCUUCUGCGUCGAAGUGAGGAAACGCACCAGGGGACAGAGAUCAUCCACCUGGACCGGCAGCACGCUGACAGUCGUCGAUCUGGCUGGCAGCGAACGUGCGCGCGAUGCAAAGACCCAAGGCAGCACGCUCGCUGAAGCAGGCAAGAUCAACGAGAGUCUCAUGUACCUGGGUCAGUGCCUCCAGGCGCAGAGCGGGCUCGGAAACACAAGCAAGCCGAGCGUCAUGCCAUUCCGCCAGUGCAAAAUGACCGAAAUCCUUUUCAGCAACUCCUUCUCAACCACAUCUUCGUCUUACACUGCCCCCGUCGUCCCCCGUCGAAACGCGCAACGAGGCGUCAUGAUCGUCACUGCUGACGCCCACGGCGACGUGAACGCAACCUCCCAGAUCCUUCGCUAUAGCGCGCUCGCUCGCGAAGUCACGAUACCUCGCAUCCCCAGCAUCACAUCCACGAUCCUCGCAGACAUGCCAACGGCCAACGCACACUCUGAAACUCUCUUGUCCGUCAACUCUGCAUCUUCUCAACGGUCCUACUUCUCUCAACCGUCCGGCUCUCACCGCAACAUCUCCCCCAGCAGCCCGACGGAUGGCGACAGGUUCAUCAUGGAGCACGCCGCUUUAGAGAUUGCCCGCAUGCAGGAAGAGAUCAACAGCCUGCACCAGGACCUCGACGUCGAGCGCGACGCGCGCGUCGCCGCCGAGGCACACUUGCUCAGCAUGGAAGACCGCAUGCUAGAGCUUGAACAAACCAUCCGCGAGGACUGUGCCGCCGAGUACGAAUCACGGUAUGACCUCGAGGCCCAGCAGGAGCGCGGCGAAGAGCACUGGGAUCGCAAGAUGGAGCUCUUUGAGCGCGGUCUCGGACCCCAUGACGAUGAUGACGAGGAAGGCGGCGAAGACAAGGAGAACGUUCUCGUCGAGAACCUGGCGCAGGAGAACGAGCGUCUUCGCCGCGAGAUGGGAGUGCUCAAGCGUGAGCUUGCUGGCCGGAGUCCGACGCGGAGGCAGCCUCUUCACGAGCGGGACGACUUUGGCAGUCGCAAGCCCGACGGCGGCACUGGAAGCCUGGGUCGCAAGAUGGAGCAGCUUCGCGUUAGCAACGCCAGCGUCUCAAGCGUCGCCAGCGGCGGCAGCCCCAAGAAGAUCAGGCGACUGCCGACGAAACGGUGGGAGGAUGCUGACGACCUGGCGUAG